UUCUCAAUCACUACUGCGCUGCUUUUGACUGAUUUUCCCCUCUUUGCCUUUUUUUAACGCUUCGUUUGGAUACUCUCUUCUUACUAAGCCCUAAUUGAGAAAACCCAGCAAGAAAAAACUCCUCAAUUCCAUUCUCCCAUUUCGUUUUCUUAUUUAUUUUUGUUUUCUGGCAGAAGAAUAAAAAAAAAUGGGGGAAGCCAUGGGAGAACCGGCUUUGGAUUCGGUUCGUUCUGUCGUGUUUAAAGAAUCAGAGAGUCUGGAAGGGUCGUCGUGUAUUAAGAUUGAGGGCUACGAUUUCAACCGCGGCGUGAACUAUUCUGAGCUGCUCAGCUCCAUGGUCUCCACUGGGUUCCAAGCCUCCAGCCUCGGCGACGCCAUUCAAGUCGUCAAUCAAAUGCUGGACUGGAGACUUUCUGAUGAGUCUCCGACGGAGGAUUGCGGGGAAGAGGAGAAGGACCCGGUAAACAGGGAGUCGGUGAGGUGUAAGGUGUUUUUGGGUUUCACUUCAAAUCUCAUUUCGUCUGGUGUUCGUGACACUGUUCGCUAUCUUGUUCAGCAUCACAUGGUUGAUGUAGUGGUUACAACAGCUGGUGGUAUUGAAGAGGACCUUAUAAAGUGCCUUGCACCAACAUAUAAAGGUGAUUUUUAUCUACCAGGCACUCAAUUACGCUCGAAAGGAUUAAACCGCAUUGGUAACUUGUUGGUACCUAAUGACAACUACUGCAAAUUUGAGGAUUGGAUCAUUCCAAUAUUUGACAAGAUGCUGGAAGAGCAGGCUGUGAAGAGAUUAUUGUGGACUCCAUCUAAAGUUAUUGCUCGCUUGGGGAAAGAAAUAAAUAAUGAAAGCUCGUACCUGUACUGGGCAUACAAGAACGAUAUUCCAGUCUUCUGUCCUGGCUUAACGGAUGGCUCACUGGGGGACAUGUUAUACUUCCAUUCUUUUCGCAACCCAGGUCUAGUAAUUGACGUAGUGCAAGAUAUUAGAGCUAUGAAUGGUGAAGCCGUCCAUGCAAGUCCCAGGAAGACAGGGAUGAUAAUUCUGGGAGGAGGGCUGCCCAAGCAUCACAUAUGCAAUGCCAACAUGAUGCGUAACGGGGCAGAUUAUGCUGUCUUCAUCAAUACAGCACAAGAGUUCGAUGGCAGUGAUUCUGGUGCCCGUCCUGAUGAAGCUGUAUCAUGGGGGAAAAUACGAGGGUCUGCUAAGACUGUUAAGGUACAUUGCGAUGCGACCAUUGCUUUUCCGCUACUGGUUGCCGAAACAUUUGCUGCAAGGGGGAUGAGAUCUGCUGAGAUGAAGGCCUGAAACAAAAUGUGGAAGGCCGUGUCUGCAACUGCAGUAAUGAUGCUAACCCUGACGUAGUUUUGAAGAGGUUGAUGAUCCAUCCUGUGGUUGAAAUAGAAGUUUUGAAGAGGUUGAUGAUCCACCCUGAGUGGUGGUGUCAGAAUCAGAUUAUAAUCACACUUUUUAUAACAUUAUUAUCUGAAAACACAAGCACUCAUCGUUUUGAUAUUGUGCUUCUUUCUUUUUUUAAAUAUUUUUUUCUUGGGAAUUUGAAAAAACUGACUUGGUUUUUGUCCCAAAAAAAUCUUACUAGCAAGAUUCGAAAUCCAUCAACGAAGUGAGUUUUCUUCUAUUCUGGAAAACUGAUUCUGAACACAGCAAGUCACACAAGGAUAACUUCUCCAAAUCACAACGGGAAACCAUCUGUAGGCCAGCAAUUGAGGCACAUUUUGUUGGAGAUGAUACAUUGUAGGGCUGGUAAUGGUAUGAUACCACAUUGUAGGUUGGGACUGAUAUCGCCAUAAUUGAGAGGUGUUGAAAUCGAGUCAACGGUGGGGACUUGUGUCAUGCCAAUUUUGGUUGUUGGAAAUGGAGUGAGCAUAAGGAUUGUGUAUUAAUUUUCAUGUUAGUAUUUUUUUAAGCUUUCCAGAUUUCAACAAGAAGAUAAUACCAUCCUUCGUAGAUCUGGAAUACUCCUGUAAGAAUGAACGAUAAGAUUCAUCUGGUUAAUUGAGAGAUGCUGCUUCCGUUUUGAUAA